AAGUCAAAACAGCGAGCAAGAACAUGGCAAGAACGCUGAAUGUACACCAAAACAAAAUUAACAAAAUAUCGGCUGAAUGUAGGAAAGCAUUUGCUUCCAUGAUGAUAAAAAUAUAUAUAUAACCUUAAAAUAACUAAAGAAGGUGUAAUGUUCUUGUUUAUUAUUUAAAUAUUUGUUUUGAACACAAGUUAGUGAAAUUUUGUUUAAAAUGGGGUCACGACAAAUAACAGAAAAGUCUUUAUCUAUGUUAAGAUCAUUGCCAAGGAUAUCUUUGGGUAAUAUUCGGGAUAAUCCUGGUUCCAAGAAAACUCAAAAAAGAGGUCGUGCCCAACACGGCGGGGACAAACAUGGCGCUGGUAACAAAGGAUCUGGCCAACGACAGAACUACAUGAGGCUCGGGUAUGAAACGGGCAAUAAUCCAUUUUAUCUGAGAGUCCCUCAAGAACAUUACUACAGGGGUCAUCAUUUAAGAAGACAAUACCCACCAUUCUCACUGUUGGACCUUCAAAGUUUAAUUGAUAAGGAUCGUGUGGACAUAACCAAACCCAUAGAUAUUGCCAGCAUUAUAAAAUCUGGUCUCUAUGAUCUAUUUCCUGAACAAAAACAAUUUGGAAUUAAUUUAACUGAUGACGGAGUGGAUAUUUUUGCUGCGAAAAUUAAUAUAGAAGUACAAUGGGCUAGUGAACAAGUGAUUGCUGCUAUUGAGAGGAAUGGUGGAGUCAUCACAACAGCAUAUUAUGACCCACAUAGUCUGUUCCUGUUGAAGAACCCAAAGAAGUUUUUUGAAUCUGGUCAAGCUAUUCCUAGAAGAAUGAUUCCACCAUCAGAUUGUAUUGAAUAUUACACAAGUGCACAAAAUCGUGGAUAUUUAGCUGACCCAGAGAAGGUUUCAAAAGAAAGGUUGAAAUUGGCACAGAAAUAUGGAUACCAGUUGCCAGAGUUGGAGAAAGAUCCAAAUUACAAAAUGCUGAGUGAAAGAAAGGACCCAAGGCAAAUAUUCUAUGGGCUGGAACCUGGCUGGGUAGUCAAUUUGAAAGAUAAUUGUAUCCUUAAACCUAAAAGUGAGGAAUUGCUCCGUUUCUAUGCCACAUAAUAAAUUGGCAAUAUUUAUUAAUUAAUAAUAAUAGUAUUGUAAUUAAAAAUAACUUAAUGAAAAUG